AUGGCCAGGAUCACAUCAGACCUGGCUCUGGAUAUCCAACCCGACUUCACAUCUCCCACCUUUGAAGCUCUCAGAGACUGCAUCAUUGGUGGAACACAAGCAUUGCACCAGGAAGUAGCAGCUGACCUCACCACAGCCUGGCAGCAGGACUGGGACAACAGAAGCAUUGCAUGGGUUGCGCAAGUCAAUGAGGAUGCUCGUCUCACAGCUGAAGCAGCACAAACAGCACAUGAACACACAGAGCAUGAACAUCUUCACCUAGAACAAGAAACUGAAGAUGAACUUCAGGAAGCUGAGAAGAAGAAGCCAAGAUGA